AUAUGAGUGCACAUAUAGAGACAAAAGUGAUAUUCCAGACUGAAGAGCGGACCUGAAACCCUCAACCAGAAAGAUGUCGUUGGCUUGUGUGGCUUUAAGUCGGAAUGUUUUGUCUGCGAGGAAUUCAGGCGCGAUGGUGAUGGUGCGGCAUGUUCAGACCGCCUCUGCUCCGGUUCCUGAACCCAGGAUCAAGAAGUUCCAGAUCUACCGCUGGGACCCUGACACCCCUGGAGACAAACCACGCAUGCAGACAUAUGACAUUGAUCUUAAUAACUGUGGUCCCAUGGUUCUGGAUGCCCUCAUCAAGAUCAAGAAUGACAUGGACCCCACACUCACAUUCAGACGCUCCUGCCGAGAGGGUAUCUGCGGCUCGUGUGCCAUGAACAUCAAUGGAGGCAACACACUGGCAUGCCUCAACAAAAUAGACACUAAUGCAAGCAAACCGACCAAAAUCUAUCCGCUCCCACACAUGUAUGUGGUCAAAGAUCUGGUGCCUGACAUGAGCAACUUCUAUGCACAGUACAAAUCUAUUGAACCUUACCUGAAAAAGAAGGAUGGAGCUCAAGAAGGGAAGGAGCAGUAUUUCCAGUCAGUGGAGGACAGGCAAAAACUGGACGGCUUGUACGAGUGUAUCCUCUGUGCCUGCUGCAGCACCAGCUGUCCCAGCUACUGGUGGAACGGAGACAAAUAUCUGGGACCUGCUGUGUUAAUGCAGGCGUACCGGUGGAUGAUUGACUCCCGUGAUGAAUUCACUGAGGAACGUCUGUCUAAACUUCAGGAUCCCUUCUCUCUCUACCGCUGCCACACCAUCAUGAAUUGCACUAAGACUUGCCCCAAGGGACUCAACCCAGGGAAGGCCAUCGCUGAGAUAAAGAAAAUGAUGGCAACGUACAAAGAGAAGAAAGCAGCAGCUACAUGAAUAUCUGAAAAAUCCUGAUGGCUCAAGAUCCACUAAUAAUGAUACCUGAAACUGAGUUUAGAGGAACAGAAAAGCCACACAGGAACUUUUGAUUGUACACUUUCAGGAUGUGGACACCUUUCAUGAUUUUCAUAAGUGUGUGAGAUGUGAACGUGUGUGUGUGUGAGUAUGAUCAUAUAAGGGAGAAGAAGAUAAGAAAAAUGCUUGAAAGAGUGGGUAAGGAAGAUCAUUUGAGUGAUGCAACAUAUUGGACCACAUUUCUGCUAUUUGUCUGCAUAGUGAAAUCACCAGGCUCUGUUGUAUUUACUCUCUGAUAACAUUGUAUUUACGCUGUAAAUAUUUAAAUAUGUGUUCAUUAAAGAUGUGUUGAGCUCAUUAUGAAUUUUAAGUGUGUUUUCAGAUUAGUAAAGAACAAAGAACCCUUCUGUUGAUUGUCGUACAAUUCAAUAAGCUGUAUUGAAGGAUCUAAUAAGACAUUUUUAAUUGCCAAAAAGGCUCCACACAAAAAUGGAUUUUAAUUUAACCAGAACAAUUAAGAGAGCUCAUAAUUAUGGGAUACAUUCAUGCUAUGACAUUUUUAAGAUAGGAACCCAUCUUGUUCAGUAAUCUGAAGAUGUUUCUGUUAUAUAACUAGCUUUCUGAUGGCUUUGUUCAAUUGAGGUACCCAAUUGAAUUCAAUUCAAUUGAGUAUGACCAUUAAUUGGCAUGGAGUAUUUGUGGCACUAUCUGUGAAGGCUUAAAGACUAUCCAUGUAGGACAGUUUCCUCAGAAUCGUGGUGGUAUCAUGCAUCAGAGAGAUUUAUCGAUAAUACUU